CGUAUAGUCAAAUAGCAUACAAAAGGAGGAUCGUACAGGCACUAUGCGACGUUUUGUUGGGUUAUGAAACUUCAUUUCAGGGAAUGAACGGCCAAGACUUUUAACCUUAAACAUAUCAUUUCCGUUCAAGAAUAAAAUUGAAAUUUUUUCGAAAUCCAUUACAAAAAAUUUGACUGCGCCAAUUUUUUUCUCAUCUUACUAAGCAAACGUGACAGUAGGUUUAAGAGGGAUUUUCAAAAUAUAAUACCUUUAGGUAAAACCCUGUGAAGCAUUAUGAUCUGAGCAAUCAAGCUAGAAACCACAACAAACCAGGAGUACCUUACUGGUAUUCCCAGCUUUUUUUUAACAUUUUAUGGUCGAUUGUCGGCCGUUACUAAAGCACCGAUAUCUACAUUUUUAGCGUAUCACCUGUCGUUUAUAUUGUCAUCACUAACAGUUCUUAUACGAACAGUAUUAACGCUUCAAGCACGAGCUCAAUGUAGACACGAGUACACAAAUUAAAGUAACUAGGCCCCUGACCUCAUGAGUGUGCUGGAAAUACUGCAGUAUUUAGGUCCCGUGUUGCAAUACUUUGCUCCUCCAGCCCUCGUGUUCUACACAAUGAAGAGGCAGCAUCCGAUGAGCGACUUCUUCAGCAAGCGGCACAAGGAUUCUACGGGUGACGAGGAGCUGGCGAGGCUGCGGGACUGGCGCGGUAAGCUGCACUUCAAGGACCUCGAUGACCUCGGCAUCUCUGCCUUCAGAGAGUUUCUGUCGCCCCACGAUAGCCGGCGGCUGGAUUUCUGGUGCAGUGGGCCUGCUCGACCCAUUACGUUGGUGUUGCUAUGGCGCCAUCAUCGGGCCGAAGAUGACACACUCGUAUUUCUUGGGGCGCAUGGGACCAGACCGGAGAAUGGAUGA